CGGCACUCCUCUGAGAUGCUUCCGCGUUUUUUCCACACGGUUUUCUCACAUCUGUCUUUAUCACGACUCGCUCUCCUCUUACAAAUUCUUAGCACUCACCUGCUCAAUAACAAGCAAUCCUUCAUUCCAGUAUAUUAUUUAUUGUUUCUACCUUGCAAAGUUCAACUCGAGUACCAUCACCAUGGCGUCUACUACUCGAGGAAAUAGUCCAUCUUCAUCUACUUCUGCUACACGCUCAGCGGGACUGAGAUCCUGGUUUUCAUCUUGCUGUAAUUGCUACAAUUGCUGUUCAGUUCAAUCCAAUUCAAGGGCAUCUACAUCAACCAUUAGUACCCAGGUUACAAAUCCUUCUCAAGAGAUAGCACCAUCUGCAUCUGCUGCACAUGCUUUUGAACAAGUCGCACCAUCUACCUCUACUUCUGCUAGAUCCACAAGGCCAGAGAGAAAGCUGCCAUAUGAUGUAUUUAUUAAUCAUCGUGGCCCAGAUGUCAAACACACUCUCGCAGCCAGUCUCUAUAACACCCUCACUGGCAUGGGAUUGAGGGUUUUUCUUGAUAAAGAAGAGCUUGAACUGGGGGAUUUCUUGCCCACAGAAAUAGAAGAAGCAAUGCGUAGCGCUUCGCUUCAUAUAGCUAUUUUUUCCAAGAAUUAUGCGCAAUCUCCAUGGUGUUUGGCAGAGCUUUCAUUUAUGCUCAAAACGGGCACCCAAAUAAUUCCUGUUUUCUACCAUGUUCAGCCUGAUCAUGUCCGGUAUGCAAAAGGAGUUUAUGCUGAUGCGUUUUCCCGGCAUACGGAAAAGGGUAGAUACACCUUAGCAAAGCUUGCAGAGUGGAAGAAUGCACUUAAUAAUGUUUCAUAUAAUGUCGGUGCCAUCAUUCAUAAUGAAGCUGAUGAGGGGAGCCUGCUCAAGAAUAUUGUUAAUCGUGUAUUGAAAGUAAUAAAAAAUGUGCCAUUUGUGGUUGCCAAACAUCCAAUUGGUUUAGAUGAAAUUAUUAAAGAUUUUGAAAGGACGACACUUCAGUGUGCUGAAAGCCAUUCCACAGUGCAAAUUGUGGGAAUUUGGGGUAUGGGUGGCUCUGGCAAAACCACUCUCGCCAAACAAUUAUAUAACAAUAAAUACACUACUAUGGAAAAAGCUAGUUUUAUAUUAGAUGUUAGAGAUGCUGCUUCAAAACAUCAACUGCAUAACAAACAGAAAAAGCUCUUAGAAGAUCUUGGUCUCAAAGGCCCAUCUGUAGACAAUAUAGAAGAAGGAAAGGGGAUUCUUGCCAACCGUUUGAGAUCUAUUCAGGUGCUUAUCGUUCUAGAUGAUGUUGAUAAUAUUGAUCAAUUAGAUGCUCUUGUGCCUGAGAAAGAUAGUCUUAGAUGGGAUAGUUUGAUUAUAGUUACUACAAGAAAACUUGAAGUGCUUCAAUGUUGGGGAAUCUCGUCCAUUUAUAAAAUGAAGCCAUUGAGUCCAUCUCAUGCCGUGCAACUCUUUUGUUGGCAUGCCUUUUUAAAACCAUGUCCACUUGAGGGAUUUGAGAACCUUGUGGAAAAAUUUAUGAAGGUUUCCGAUGGCUUACCAUUGUCUCUCAAAGUAUUUGGAGGACAGUUAUAUGGCAAAUCCAACAAAGAUUAUUGGGGAAAUCAAUUACAAAAGAUUGUUAGAAUACUUCCCGAUGAUAUCAAAAGCAAGCUAAAAGUAAGUUAUGAUGCCCUAGAUUAUGAAGAGAAAGAAGCAUUUUUGGAUGCAGCUUGUUUUUUCAUUGGACAGGAAAAAUCUUCAGCCAUCGUAGCUUGGGAUGGAUCAGGAUGGAGUGGUCUGUGCAGUUGGGAAAGUCUAUUUAAUAAGUGUCUUGUUGAACUUGAUCGUGAUGAUUGUAUAAGAAUGCAUGAUCACUUAAGAGAUUUGGGAAGAGAAAUUGCAAAUCCUCAAUCACCCUACCGUCUGUGGUCGCCCCAGCAGAUUAUCAAUGUUGAUAAUGAAAUACAGGGAAUUGCCAUUCGAGGAAUAAUGGCCACAAGCGAGAUUGAGGUGUUUCCUCAAUAUUCCCAGGGUGGAGGGCUCAUUGUUAACACAAACAGAGGAUCUCGCACUCUGGCACCCUCUUCGCUUGGAUUAAAAAUUUUUCAUUUGAGAGGAAAUUAUUAUAACCAAGUAAUUGGUGAUCUAUCGAGAGAGCUAGUAUGGCUUCGCUGGUUUGGUAUUCAAGAGAGAAGUCUUCAGUCACUGAGUGCACUGAAAAAUUUGAGGGUUUUAGAACUCUAUGAAAGAUGGGAUGAAGAACAUCACUUAGAAGAACUAUGGGAGACUGAAAGCAAUGCUCCUGCGCAGUUAAGAGAGCUGGUCAUUUCUUCGUGCUCAGAAUUUCAAAGAUUUCCGAAGUCUAUAGGAUGUCUGAAGGAAUUGAAAAAGAUAGCCGUCAUUGAUGGGAGCAAGCUGAGGAGUCUGCCCGAAGAAUUUUGCCUUCUUCAAUCGUUGGAGCACCUUAUGUUAAAUUCGUGUGGAGAACUAUCAUCACUACCCAGCAGUUUUGCUGAUUUGAGAAAUCUUAGGCACCUAGAUUUGUCAGGUUGCAUGGAAUUGAGGAGAUUGCCAGUCUCUUUUAAGGAGCUCACUCUCCUGCAGCACCUGAACUUAUACAGAUGUUCUGAGCUCACCUUAGAAUCAGACAUUCUGGAAAACAUGAUAAAGAUAGAGUAUUUGAACCUCUCUAGUUGCAGGCAAUUGGAAGAGUUGCCUCAUCACAUCACAAAUCAGGCCUCCUUGAGAGAGCUCCUUUUACUUAAUACAGAGAGGUUAAGGGAAAUACCAGUGAACAUUGGGCAACUGAGCAAGUUGCAAAAGAUGAGGACCGGAAGUAGAUCGUUGAGAAGCCUGCCAACAUCUAUUGGAGAUUUGUCUUCCUUGAUUUCUCUCGAAAUUUAUGAUUGUCCCAAGCUGGAAUGUUUACCUGAUUCUCUGGGUCGUCUUAAUCUCUUAGAGAGUUUAAGCAUACGGAAUUUAGGAGUGAAAUCUUUACCAAAAUCAGUUAGCCAACUAAUUAAUCUUCAACAGCUGGUAAUAUUAUGGUGCCCAAUUGGUGAAUUAGAUCUGGGCGCAGGACUGUUUACUUGUUUGGAGCAGAUAAAGCUAUGGUCAACUGAAGUGUCCAAGAUCUCAAUCCCUGAAGGCUGUUGUUGCGGCCUCAAGCGUCUGUCACUUCGUUAUAAUCGCCUUUUAACAGAGAUAGAAGUCCUACCAACAACAAUCACCAACAUAGAAUUGAAUGACUGUGAAAUCCUGAGGAAUGUAAGGGGUAUUGAUCGUCUUGUAAAAAUUCAAACACUAAGGAUAAGUGAGUGCCCUGCAUUGAAUGAGCUUCCCUGUUUUGCACAAUCAGAUUUCCUCCGAGCAUUUGAACUUAAAGGUUGCUAUGGUGUUAAGAAAAUACAAGGCCUUGAAUAUUGCAAAGCAUUGGAGAAGGUGGCAGCAGAUACCAGGUGGGAGGAGGCAGGUAUAGAAAGUUUGGAGCGCAUGGAAAGAUUGAGGGAAGUGAAACUCAGAGCAAUCAGCAAAUCAGCUAUUGAAGGUUGCAUUCAAAGCAUCAAGAAUUUGCAGAAAUGGCCCGAUGAAACCAUAGUUUGCACGCGGGCGGUCCCUGAUGCGGCCUCACUUGUAAACUCCUUUGCCUUUACCAAUAUCUCCAUUGUUGACUCCUUCGCAUACCAGAAAAUGAACUCCUGCCCGUCCCUUAGAGUGCCCUCUAAAGAUCUCUGCAUAUUGCUAUGUUUUGUUGUGAAUUGUGAAUCUCCAAAAACUUUACUGGAGUUGACAUAUGGUACUUCAAGAACUAGAUUAGAUAUCGGAGACUGUAGGAUGCGGUUGGAGGAGGGUAGAUGGGUAUUGCUAGCUGUCUUCACACAACAUUCCAUGUUGCAAAAAGCAGACAUUUCACGUUACCCACAAUCCAAGAUAAGAAUGAUGGUAGAAGGUCAAGUAGAAGGAGAAGUAGAGAAAGGAUUGGCUGUUGCGGGAGGAAAGGAGAGAGUCGUGGAAGCUUUUAAUGGUUUGUGGACAUUUUUAUCAAAUUAAUAUUGUAAACAAUAUUUAUAUCCACCA